AUUAUUAUAAAUCAACAAAAUUAAAUCUAAGAUAGUGAUGAUUAUACUUGCGUCUCUGCUAACAACGUAUAAAUACAGUGUACCUGCAAAUACUGCAUUUCCAUUUGAGGGCUGAUUGCAGAUACAUAAGAAACAGGUCGAACAAAAUUGUUACAGAUCAUCCGAUUCUGCGUUGAUCAUAAAAAAAGUUAAUGAUGUUUGUCACAAGGUGUUUCUUCAAGUUAGUGUUUGUUGUUGCCAGUCUUCAAAUGGAAACAGUAAAAGCAAGUGACGACAUUGCUGAUUACCUUUGGAACGAGUCAAAAAGUUUCCAACAGGCGGCAUUGAAUUCCGCAUUUGUGCAAGGGCUGAAAAAUGUUUCUUUAAAUCCAUCUGACUUUGGUGCAUAUAUGAUCCAGGAUGCCGUUUAUAUGUAUAUGUCAAAAGAAUUCAUUGAUGUCGCCGUGGGUAAGACGAUCGAUCCAGAUCUAAAACAGUUUUUACAAGAAAAAGCAAACAGUUAUGAGAGUCUGUAUCUAGAUCUUUUCAAGAAAUGGCAUAUCGCUGAUCCUAGAGGGAUUAUAUUGGGAACAGGAUGUCAGAAUUAUGUCAACCACCUCAAGGAUGUUGUAAAUACGAAGGACCCAAUAUAUCUGGUUGUUGCCAUGAUACCAUGUGUUAAACUAUGGCCAUGGCUUGGUGAUCAGAUCGAUGCCGAUUUUGGUCAUUUUGGUGUAUAUACCAAGUGGAUAAAGGAAGAUUUUGACCCGGACUAUAAAGGUUACAAGCUGUAUGAGAACAUGGUGAACAAUGUAUACAAAGAAGGAACAGUUGAUAAAGAUGAAGCACUUGUUGUUUACCAAGCUAGUAUGAAAGGAGAAGUCGAUUUUUUCUCAUUGCUGUAGUGGAGAAUAAGUGAACAAUUGAUUAAGAGAAAGUUCAUGAUGAUUUGUAUAAUUUUAGAUCAUAUUUCUCACACAUCGUUUGACUUUUUGACAGUUCUCAAAUAAACUUGGCGUACAUAAGGUAGAUACUUUCAACGAUAUAACUGACUGUAUAUAACUGGUAGCAAAUACAACACUAAUUAGAGGAAUUGUAGCUCAACGUACUAUACUGUCAACAUUCUGUUUUUAUAUAUAAAUUUACAAACGAAUUACUUCUCUUUUGAGAAUCUAUUUCAAAAGAUCAAAAGAUCAUGAAAAGAAAAAUUUAUUAAGUAAAAAAAAAGGUCAUAAUAUUUCUUAAUUAAGUCAUGCCUAGGCUGUGUCUAUUUUCUUCCCACAAUAUUUUAAUAAAUAUGAGAGAAUAUUA